CGGACUCAGUCCUCCAGCAAGCUGCAUUGAGGACUUGUUGAUCCCGAGGAGAAACAAGAAAGAUAACCGAUUCUUCCUGAUCGAUCUACCAAGGAGUGCCUGGAAAAUUCAACCGCGACAACUGGCAAUCCUGUGAUCGAGGCAUAUCGUGUCCUUAUACGAGACAAAAAAUGCACACGUGUGUUGCAUUGAUCAUCGUUGCUCUAGCGAGCUCGAUGCACUUUGGUGUCGAUGCAUGGGGCGCUCUCUUUAAUCGUUUCAGCCCGGAAAUGUUAUCGAAUCUGGGCUAUGGUAGUCAUGGUGACCAUAUGAGCAAAACAGGGUUGUAUCAGCGUCCAUUAUCGACCGGCCUUGGAUUUUCUUAUGAUUCUUUAGAAGAUGUACCUUGCUACGAAAGAAGGUGUUCAGCUAACGAAUAUUGUUGUCCGUCUUUUAUCUGCGUAAGCGUUGACGGAGAUAUCGGCCGCUGCGUUAUUGAACUGGGGCAAAAACAGGGAGAACUUUGCAGGAAUGAUAACGACUGUGAAACUGGCUUGAUGUGUGCCGAAGUUGCCGGCAGCGAAACUCGUUCGUGUCAGCCACCAGUGACUUCGAAUAAAUUGUACAAUGAAGAGUGUAAUAUCUCUGGGGAAUGUGACAUCAGCCGUGGUUUGUGCUGUCAGCUUCAGAGACGUCAUCGACAGACACCAAGAAAGGUUUGUUCGUAUUUCAAAGACCCUCUAGUAUGUAUCGGACCAGUUGCGAUGGACCAGAUAAAAUCUGUCGUUCAGUAUACUUCCGGUGAAAAGCGCAUCACUGGACAGGGAAAUCGAAUCCUGAAACGAAUUCCCUUCGCCUAAGAGCUUUGUUGUUCCUCAUAUACUGGUGAGAAUGAAAGGAGAGUCCACAUAAAUCAAAUCCCUUUUGUCGUUAUACUCGAAAAUUUAAGAUAAGUCUGUUACUUGGAAAUUCUUUUAAUUGAUUUGAUGUUCGUAACUCUCGUGUGUCAAGGCAACGGAGCGGAGAAAACAUAAACGUGUCUUUUUCAAUUGUUUUCCUCCAGAUAUUACGACUGAUAAAUACGAUACAUAUCAGAAUAGUCCGUCUUAUAGAAUUAUAAAGUAUACUAUAUAUUAAUGGGAAAAUUUAUGCGACGCGUUUCCAAAAGAUAUGUAUUUUUAACGUAUUGAGCGUACAGGGUGUGUGACGGAAGAGAAAACGUUUCCGUUUUUCCGUUAUUUCUCUAUCCAUGUUCACCUUCUAGUUAGACGUAUUGGAACGUAAACUCUUCGAAAAUAUGUAUAUAGGAAUUGAAUAGCUGGAAUCUAAACGACGAUAACGAUAAGAAUAGUAGAGAGAAAUCAUGAUUCUAGAAAUUGAAUUCCUUCGUUGAAAGGCUCUGAUAGAAUUUUGUUACGAGUUCUUUAAAGAAAGAAUAGCGUUUCUUUGAUUCACCCUGUACACGACUAAAACUAUUUUUACUUUCAAUGACU